GCACAGUGAAAGAGUGAAGAAAGAGCAGCCAGAGUAUGGUGGUGGUAUGCCCAUGGUGAGAAGGUGGGAGGGGUGUGUGUGUUGUGUGCUUCGGCCUUUUGAAUUCUCUCUCCAGAAAUUAAUUACUUUUAGCACUAGUAUAAAUUAUGGUUGUUGUCAUUCACUACAACCAAUACCAUCAUCAUAUCAGUAGAAAAUCUGGUAUUUAUUUUCUCCUGUAAUCUGUGCUUGGAUGUUAGACAGACAACCCACCAGUCGUUGCGGCUCUCUCAAGUCUCAAGACUCAAUUUUUAAGCAUUUUAGAGAGAGAAAGAAGUAGAAAUUUUGAUGGUUUGGUGAUGGGAUCGCACCACAAUCCCAAGUAACAACGACCCUCUUUUUAUCAUUCACAUAUGCGUAUCAUAUAGCAGUACAUGUUCCCCAAUCUCCUCCUCCUCGUCAUCUUCAGAGGCCUAAAGUGUCACUGAUAUAAUUGCCGCUGCAUCCACUCCGUUUGCUGCUACACUUACUGCAUAAGGAAAACCUGAUGGGUUCUAGAUUCCCCUCUCAUCAGCUUAGCAAUGGGCUCUAUGUAUCAGGCCGUCCAGAGCAGCCGAAAGAAAGAACACCAACCAUGAGCUCCGUGGCCAUGCCCUAUACUGGUGGAGACAUCAAGAGGUCUGGUGAGCUUGGAAAAAUGUUUGACAUUCCCCUUGAUGGCUCGAAAUCUAGGAAAUCUGGACCUAUUGCAGGUUCUACUUCAAGAUCUGGGUCCUUUGCUGGAGCUGCUUCACAUUCCGGACCUAUAAACCCUAAUGCUGCAGCCAGGUCAAGCUACUCUACCUCAGGACCUGUAUCAUCCAUGGGGGUGGCCGGUUCUGCUUCCAUGAAAAAAUCCAAUUCUGGGCCACUGAAUAAACAUGGGGAGCCUAUCAAAAGGUCUUCUGGCCCUCAAUCUGGGGGUGUAACACCAGUAACCCGCCAAAACUCAGGUCCUAUUGCCCCAGUUCUUCCGACAACAGGUCUCAUUACAUCUGGACCAAUCUCAUCUGGUCCACUGAAUUCAUCUGGGGUUCCAAGAAAGGUUUCUGGGCCAUUGGACUCAAGUGGACCAAUCAAAGCACAUAGUUCCUCAGUUAGUAACAACCAGGCUGUGACUACCCUUGGUCAAGAUGAUGAGUAUUCCUUUAAAAGGAACCUUCCUAAACCUAUCUUAUGGGCAGUUAUUCUGCUUUUUGUGAUGGGCUUCAUUGCUGGGGGUUUUAUUCUUGGAGCAGUUCAUAAUGCUGUUCUCCUUGUUGUUGUUAUUGUGUUGUUCUGCUUUGUUGCUGCUCUAUUCAUGUGGAAUUCUUGUUGGGGAAGAAAAGCUGUCAUUGGAUACAUUGCGCGUUACCCUGAUUCUGAACUAAGAACUGCAAAAAAUGGUCAAUACGUCAAGGUCUCCGGGGUGGUCACCUGUGGAAAUGUUCCCCUCAAGUCAUCGUUCCAAAAGGUUCCUAGAUGCGUGUACACUUCUACAAGUUUGUAUGAGUAUAGGGGAUGGAAUUCCAAGGCUGCAAAUCCUACCCAUCGUCGUUUCACAUGGGGGCUUAGAUCUUCAGAGAAGCAUGCUGUCGACUUCUACAUCUCUGACUUCCAGUCUGGGUUGAGAGCAUUGGUUAAAGCUGGGUAUGGUGCGCGGGUGACUCCUUAUGUGGAUGAUAGUAUUGCCGUUGAUGUAGAUCCGCUAAACAAAGAUUGCUCUCCAGAAUUCAUCAGGUGGUUAGGAGAGAGGAAUCUGUCGAGUGAUGAUCGUGUAAUGCGACUAAAAGAAGGGUAUAUAAAGGAAGGAAGCACAGUAAGCGUGAUGGGUGUGGUUCAGAGGAACGAGAACGUGCUGAUGAUAGUAGCUCCUUCAGAGGGGGUGACAACAGGAUGCCAAUGGAGCAAAUGCAUAUUUCCUGCUACGUUUGAGGGGAUAGUGUUGAGGUGUGAGGACGCAAGAAAGGGGGAUGUUAUACCAGUGUAGUAGUUAGUAGCCUCGCGCACUCUUCUCUAUCUGUAGAGCACUAAGAGGAGUAGUAACAGCAGCAGCCUAUAUGCUGAUGUCUUAUAUAUACUAAUAGAUACAAGUUUGUUGUGAGUGUGGUAUGGACAAUUAUAUAGCAUAAGAGUUGCAACUUAGUACUUGGUUUGUUUUGUUGUAUUAUUUCUGUAUGUAUAGUCUUUUGUGUCUUUGGUUGGUGAAAGCUUUGUAAUGAAAUGGUAAAACUAUUAUUAACUGUAACAGUAGAAACUCUCUUAUUACAUCU